UGCGUUUGGCUGCAGCUGUGGAAAGAUGAUAAAGACUAUGCUUUAAAACAAAUAGAAGGAACCGGAAUCUCUAUGUCGGCAUGUAGAGAAAUAGCAUUACUUCGAGAGCUUAAGCAUCCAAAUGUCAUCUCUCUUCAAAAGGUGUUUCUAUCUCAUGCAGACAGGAAAGUAUGGCUUCUGUUUGACUACGCUGAACAUGACCUCUGGCAUAUAAUCAAGUUUCACAGAGCUUCUAAAGCAAAUAAGAAGCCAGUUCAGUUACCUCGGGGAAUGGUGAAGUCACUAUUAUAUCAGAUCCUAGAUGGGAUUCACUACCUGCAUGCUAACUGGGUGUUGCAUAGAGAUUUGAAACCUGCUAAUAUUUUAGUUAUGGGUGAAGGUCCUGAGCGAGGAAGAGUAAAAAUUGCUGAUAUGGGCUUUGCCCGAUUAUUUAAUUCACCUUUGAAGCCUUUAGCAGAUUUGGAUCCAGUAGUUGUAACAUUCUGGUACCGAGCUCCAGAAUUACUUCUUGGAGCAAGACAUUAUACCAAAGCUAUUGAUAUUUGGGCUAUAGGGUGUAUAUUUGCAGAGCUACUAACGUCAGAACCAAUAUUUCACUGUCGACAAGAGGACAUCAAAACUAGUAAUCCUUAUCACCAUGACCAGCUGGACAGAAUAUUCAAUGUAAUGGGAUUCCCUGCAGAUAAAGAUUGGGAAGAUAUAAAAAAGAUGCCUGAACAUUCAACAUUAAUGAAAGAUUUCAGAAGAAAUACGUAUACCAACUGCAGCCUUAUCAAGUAUAUGGAAAAACAUAAAGUUAAACCAGAUAGUAAAGCAUUCCACUUGCUUCAGAAGUUGCUUACCAUGGACCCAAUAAAGCGAAUUACCUCAGAACAGGCUAUGCAGGAUCCCUAUUUCUUAGAAGACCCACUUCCUACAUCAGAUGUUUUUGCCGGUUGUCAAAUCCCUUACCCAAAACGAGAAUUUUUAACAGAAGAAGAACCUGAUGAUAAAGGAGACAAAAAGAACCAGCAGCAGCAACAGGGCAAUAACCACACUAAUGGAACUGGUCACCCAGGGAAUCAAGACAGCAGUCAUGCACAGGGACCCCCGUUGAAAAAAGUGAGAGUUGUUCCUCCUACCACUACCUCAGGUGGACUGAUCAUGACCUCAGACUAUCAGCGUUCCAAUCCACAUGCUGCCUAUCCCAAUCCUGGACCAAGCACAUCACAGCCACAGAGCAGCAUGGGCUACUCAACUACCUCCCAGCAGCCUCCACAGUACUCACAUCAGACACACCGGUACUGAGCUGCGUUGGAAUAUUGUCAAUGCACUGUUGCUAAUGCUGCCGGACUAACUGUGCAGCUCUCUGCGGGAACCUGGUAUGGGCCAUGAGAAUGUACUGUACAACCACAUGUUCAAAAUGUCCAAUAGCCAAGUUCCACCACUUUUCACAGACUGGGGUAGUGGCUUCCAAAUUGUACCUAUUUUGGGGUUAGACUUGAACAGAAAGUGCUAGCACAGUUUGUGUUGUGGAUUUGCUACUUCCAUAGUUUACUUGACAUGGUUCAGACUGACCAAUGCAUUUUUUUCAGUGACAGUCUGUAGCAGUUGAAGCUGUGAAAUGUGCUAGGGGCAAGCAUUUGUUGUUGUAUGUGGUGAAUUCUUUCAGUGUAACAUUAUCUGACCAAUCGUACACACACAAAAAGUUUAACUGGUACUUGAAAAAUACAGUAUGUGUUAACUCAACAAAAUAACUGAGACUCAAAAUGAGAAUAUUUUGGUACACCUUUCAUCCUAGUGUCUUAUCAGUGGGUUGAUUCAUUUUCUACAUUAAUCAGUGUUUUUUGACCAAGAUUAUAUUGCUUGGGUUUUUUUGAAAGUACAAAAAGCCACAUAGUUUUUCCAGAAAGGUUUCAAAACUCCCAAAGAUUAAUUUCCCACUAUAAGUUUGUUUUUAUUUUCAAUCUAUGACUUGACUGGUAUUAAAGCUGCUAUUUGAUAGUAAUUAAAUAUAUUGUCAUUGAUAUAAACCUGUUUGGUUCAGCAAACAAACUAAAAUGAUUGUCAUAGACAGUGUUUUAUUUUUCCUGUUAGUGUUACUGAUUUGUGAGCAUGCUUUAAGAUGAAAAAGCAUGAAUGGUAACUUCCUUAAAAAGGCGCGGCAUCCAGUUCAGAUAUUUUGUUGAUUUUAAAGCUGGUUGGUGUAGUGCUAUUAAAAUUUUAUUCAGUUUGUUUUCUUUUUUAAAACUUGUUCGCACGUUGUUUAGGGUGCCCUUACUUCAGCAAAGGAGAAGGAGUAGGAGAGCCUUAGAAUUUUUGAGGAAAAAUAAACCCUAUAACAUACAAUGUACUGUAUCAAACUAUUUUACAUGAAUGACACAAGUAUUCUGAAUUUAAAAAAAUUGAACAUUGUUAAAAACAAGGUGUUAUGUAAUAAAUUUAUUUUUCAUAAAUCAAAA